UAAUUCUAAACUUAGUUAUAUUUCAGGAUUAUAAUUACUAGAGUAACAGCAGACAUAUCAUUGGCAAAGCGAUCCCUCCUAAAUAAUCCAAGUAAACGUGCCAUUAUGGAAAGGUCCAAUAGUCGAUCAUCAUGUCUAGCUGAAGUUCAAGCUGAGAUAGAAAGAAUCUUUGAACUGGCUAGAACACUUCAGUUAGUAGUACUUGAUUGUGAUACAAUCAAUCAUCCUUCUCAACUUGGAAAAACAUCAUUAGCACCAAUUAUAGUUUAUGUCAAAAUUUCUUCACCAAAGGUUUUACAAAGACUAAUAAAAUCUCGUGGAAAAUCUCAAAGUCGAAACUUAAAUGUGCAAAUGGUUGCUGCUGAAAAACUAGCUCAAUGUCCUCAUGAACUAUUUGAUGUUAUUUUGGAUGAAAAUCAAUUAGAAGAGGCAUGUGAACAUAUGGCAGAAUUUUUAGAAGCCUACUGGAGAGCAACACAUCCACCAGUCAAGACUCCUCCUCCUACAAUUCAGCGUCCAAUACCUUCACCUCAUCCGUCACCUAGGAUAGAAACUAGCUCAGGUGGAUUAAUGCGUCAUAAUACUACACCUCCCACAAUGCACUACAGAUCACAUAGUGAAAGGCAUCCUCGAGAGAUGUUAUCACCUGAAAUGGAACAUCCUUCUGAUUAUAUUAGUUCUCAUGAAUAUAGAGAUAAUAGAGAAAGAAGAGAAUUGCCUCCACUUGCAGAUAGAAGAAAAGAUCUACAUGAUCACUAUCCCCACCAUGAUAGUCACCGUGAUCUCAGGGAUAGAGAGAGAGAUAUGGUGUAUGAAAUAGAACGAGAAAGAGAGAGAGAACAUGAACGUUACCACGAUGACUUUGAUCCUCUCGACGGAAUGUUGUUGCGAGAAAAGGAGAGAGAUUUCUGUCAUGGAGAAAUAAGAGAAAUGUGUGAUUUACGUGAUCAUGAACAUCGUCACCAUUCUCAUCACCAUCAUCACGAGAGAGAUUAUCAUUCACCACAUAGGGGGCAAAAAUAUGGACAUUCUAUGAAUGCUAUUUAAAUAGCAAGACUUUGUUGUGUUAUAAUACAUGGGUUGUUCUGCAUUUUCCCAGUUUGCUUUUGUUCAUUGGGACAAUUAUAGAGUCCUUCUUACAAUAUAUUCUUCUUUUCUCUAGUUCAUUGAUUAUAAGCAAAACUGGCAAAUCAGUUAAAAAGCCAGAUUAUCCAUCCUCAAAUAUACUGAUACGGAAGACUCAGUCACUACAAGCCAAAACUUCUGGGUCCAUUACCAAAGUCUCACUUUGUACAUUCUUUAAAAAUGAUAUGGCAUCGUGAUUUUGCAUAUUUCUUAUUAUUGAGCACAAAUAAAUCUAUAAUUUAAGUAAGAAUUUCAAUGAAAUGUGUGAUGAUCCUGGGCAGAUAUUCACACAUGCAAGAAAAUGUGAUUUAAUUUAAAUAGUGGUAAUUAGUGUAUCAUAAUAUUUCAAUAACAAAAAUUAUAAAAUUACUUCCAAUAUAAUUGGAAGUAAUGAACCAGCUCAAAGAAUUAUGUAAAGAAAUUAGUUGAGAAUAAUUUUGGACCACUCAAAAUAUUUGACCUCAGCUUAGCCAACUUUUGUCUUGUGAAUAUUUUUAACACGUAAAAUUUUCAAAACCUGAUACUGAUUUAUGUACAAAGAUGUAUUAGUCAAUAUUUCACACCUGCUGUAUAUUUGCAAAAUGCCUAUUCUGUGAAAAGAUAGUCAUUGAUUAUUAUAUAUUUAAAGGAAUGCAUUUCUUUAAAAAAAAGUGCAAAUAUGAAUAGAAAAAAGUCACUAAAAGAUUUUUUUAUAAUUCAGGAAUUAUUGUAGAUAGAAUGUUCAUUGUAAAUGUUUCACAAAAAUAUCAGGUUGAGAGAGAAAAACAUUUUUAUUCAUUGAAAUAUUUUAAAGUAUGAAAGUUUAAUAAUUUGAAUCAUAUUAAAAUUCUAAAAUAAUGAAAUUAGUAUUGUAGCAAUGUCUGAAAAUUUAAAAGUAUUACAGAGAAUGAAAUGAAAAGUUUUAGGGAAUUUCACUAUUUGGCUAUUUAAGUUAAUUCUUAUCACAAAGACAUUUUAGUUAAAUUUUAUAUAUCUUAAAAAUAUUUUUAUUAAUAUUAACAUUAGGGAAAAGAAUUCAAGGACGCACAGUAAUUUGAUGUUAUUAAGCUGAAUUCUCUGAUUUAUUAUUAUUACUGUUUAGUUUCUACUAAUCUAUUUCAAAUGUGUUAAAAAUAGAUAAGUUCCAGAAGAUAAGUUGUAGAGUUGCAGAUUUAGUACUGCAAAUGUGUGUGCCUUUUUUCCCUAAGGCCAAGGCAUUGCAAACUGUUGGGUUAUUGAAACUGAAAAUCCAACGAAAAGUGGAACCAAAGUGUAUACAUAUGUAUAUAUAAUUGUACAGUUAAUGAUAAUAUGGCAGUAGCUGAAUGUUAAUGGUAUCUUAAUAGUAGUUUUUUGAAGUACAAUAUUUAAUUGUAUUUUACAUUGGUUAAACUUUUCACCACAAAACAUCUCAUUUUCUCUCAACACUGCCAGCACUAAUGUGAUAAGCUGGGUUCCCUAACAGUUUGUAAAAAAAUAAAUAAACCAUCAAAUUUUGCGCCAAGUUUUUAUUGCCUUGGUCUGAGGGCUAGGAUGUUGUUACGGAUACGGACAUCAUUAUUAUAUAGGUCUGUUUGAAAAUUCAGGCUAAUAUUGUAUCAAAAAUAAUAGCUAUGUUCCAAGGAAUCUAGUCAAAUUAAGUCAUUUUUCAAAUACCAAUUAUUACAAUAAUUAAAUUAAAACGUUGUAAUGAAUUGGAGUAUGAAGUGAAAUAACUGUUGUAUUUUUGAAAGGAUGGGAUUAUUGUGAAAUGCUUGUAAAUAUCGUUGUUCUAACGGAAAAAUCACAAAACUAUAAAAUGACAGUUUGAAUAAUAAGGAAAUUUAAAAUGAGCUACUCCAACUUUUUCCAAACUAUAGUGCAAAUUUCAAUGCAAAUGUUUUGGAAUAUUAGAAAAGUUCAAUUUUAUCAGUAAGAAUUAUUUCCUUGUUCUUCAAAACAUCAUUAGUUUAGUGACUUUUCUAUUAUGGCAACAAUAUCAUUUGGAGCUUUGAUCAUGCUGCCUUAAUGUGCUGUAUGAAAUGCUCAUAUCUUGUAGUAAUGAUAAUUUCUAUAAAAGAAAAGUGAUAAGUAGAAUAGGCAUGGAGAAAAUGCUCCAUUAAUGAGAUAGAAGUGGUAAGGUUUUGUUAAUUUCCUUGUGUCCAAAUAUUUUUUGAAUUUCUUUCAGGAUUUAUCACUGUAUCACCAUUACUAAUUUUAUAAAAACCGUAAACUUUUAUAGCAUUGAAAUUAAAUUUUUAAAAGAAAAUAUAAUAGUUUGUUUAUAAAAUUCUUAAUUAGUUGAUUGUGCAGAAACCACAUUUUUUUCUAUUUUCAGUUUAAAAUAUGUGAUCCAUUGAUUUAUGUAUCACGAUAUUUAGAAAAUUUUACAGCAUUUCAUCUGUGUGAUAAAUUCUCAGUCAAUGAGAAGAUUUAUUAAAUGCUGCUCAAAUCCAUUGAAACUAAUCUAUUACACUUGGGAAGAGAAAGUUCCAUUUGAAUUUAGAAGAAGAAAGAUUUCCCCAUUUCUCAGUGUUUCAUAAUUUUUCCAAAGCUCAUUGAAUAUUAUAGAAAAUAUACUCACUGUAUUCUUUGUGAUUUUGUAAUAAUGCCACAUUGAGCCAUUUCUUCUCAGAACAAAUAUCCAUUAUUCUUCUUGAAAAGCUUCAAUAAUAUCCCAUUCACAAGAAUUUAGUCAGUUAUAUACUGUAAAUAGACAUUAUCAAAUACAGUACAUAUUUGGCUAUGCAUUAACUGUUGUUAAUUCUGUAAAAUUUAAUCAAUAUGCACAAAACAUUAAUUAUACAAAUUAUUGAUGCAGUUUCUGAUGGUUAUAUUUUGCAAAGAAAAAAAAAACAAACAUGGAUUGACAAAGAAAUAUAUUAUUGACUGUAUGUACAGUGCCUUGGUUUGUUCUAUGGUUAAGAUUGAUGAAAAUUGACUGUACAAAUUCAUAAUAUAAUAAUGUUGUUCCUACAAUUUAAAUACUGUGUCAAAAAACUAGUUAGAAUAGCAUAUUGCAAUUUAAAUAUAUUUGAUUAUUCUGUUCUGUUUUUAUUGCUAUAAAUAACAAAUGAGUUUCCAGUUAUCAAUCUGAAUGGUGUGAUUAACGUUAAAGAAAAUCUAAUCAAAUAUUGCACGUAUGUUCUUGCACACUGAGGCCUUACCAUGGAGCAUUUUCUCUUACAGAUUUUGCAGAUUACUUUCUCUGCAAAAAAAGAAAACAUAUAUAUAUAUAUAUAUUAUUGAUGACAGCUUUCCACUCCCUCAAGCUUAUUGCAAGCAUAAUUUAUAAAAAAAUAAAAUAAAAAAUUUCUGGCCAAUCCGUGUGCUUCACUGUAUUUUGUGCAUGAUGCCUUUUUACAUAUUGCUGCAUAACUGAGAAGUCAGUUAACUCACUAUAUUCCCAUAGAUAGAAGUUUGUAAAUAAAGGAUUUUUAAGAUUCAUCCUCUUAA